GUGUCAGGCUCACCAUGCCAGGCUGCCAGCUGCUCUGUCUCUGCGCCUCCGAGCCGGCGAACAUCCGUCUCCCAUGUUUCUGCUCAGAGUUGCACUAAGCGGACGAUGCGGCUGUUCACGGUCUCAACUUUGCUCCUGUUCUUCCUCAGCUCAGGGCUGGCUCUGCAGAUUCAGUGCUACCAGUGUGAGGAGAUGACACACGACUGCUCCACCCCAGAGUUCAUCGUCAACUGCACUGUGAAUGUGCAGGACAUGUGCCAGAAGGAGGUUCUGGUGAAGGAUGACGGGAUACACUACCGCAAGUCCUGCGCCUCAUCAGGAGCUUGUCUCAUCGCUUCUUCCGGCUACCAGCAGUUCUGCACCGGCAAGCUCAACUCAGUGUGCAUCACCUGCUGCAACACACCGCUGUGUAACGGACCGCGCCAGAAGAAACGACCACAACCGUCCGCUGCCAUCGCCCUGACCCCGCCACGGCUCCCCGCGUUUACUCUCUGCGUCCUCCUCCUGCUGUCCUCCGCCCUGUGCUGACAGACCUUCAUUAACUGAGUUAAGAUGUGCAUUUAAAAAAAAAAAAAAAAUGCUCUGCUGCCGACAGCGGGGAAGACAUGAACCAGAACUGUGUAAGCUGAGAUGUACAGUACAUACUUCAAAAUGUAUAUUCUCUAAGGCGCGUGGAAGCUGUGUACAGUAUUUGUUUUCCUCACUCCCCUGCUUUCUGUCGCAGCUUGCCUCCAAAGUUCAAACACCACGCAGCACUGGGAAGUUUCAUCAUCAAAAAAAAAAAAAACUGCAUCUGCUGCUGCAAGUGGCGCGGGGUAAGGUGAGGUGGAGGACAGAGCCGUGGAUGACACCGCUUCUAGCUAUUUAUUGGACAGCAGGUGGCUCAUCCUCGUUUGUCUUUAUUUAUUUACACUGCAAGGUCAAAUGAGGCAUAUGGCAGGAAAGAAAAAGUAAGACCAGAUUCAUCGCUCAUUCUCCCAGCCUUAGGAAAAGAUCUCCAGAUUAAAUAAGUCCAUGAUUAACAAUCGCCAGGUUUGCAGUUUAUUUAUGAACUGAAUAAGACUCAUGUAUGAUAUGUAUGACAAUGAUGUUGUUUAAUGAGUCCGGAAACAAAGGUGUGCAGUCAUGGAAUGAGGGAGCGGAUGAAGGAGGAUGCAGCCCUCAAGCCUCUCACAGGUACAACAUAAUUUCAUCAGAGUGACAGCUCUGCAAUAACCAGCUGUGGAAGCCAUAAAAAAAACAUCCUGUUUUAGCCUGAAACUUUUCUCUGCUUAUUCUGUAACAGCUGUUGCAGUCGGCUCACAGAUAUUGUACAUAGAGCUACAAGAGCAUGCUGAAAUACACAGAAACCUUUUUUUGCAUUGCAUUGAAAGGGACACGGAGAGUGGCUGUCAGUGACUGAUGGACCACGCCAACUUUUUGGGAGUUUUGCCCUGCAGUCACUUUAGAGAGAGACUAUACGACACUGAAAGAAUAUCUGAAGUUAUCCUUUAUGACAGGAGGUAAUGUUAUUACUGAAAAUCUAAUUGUAAGAGUCACUUGCUUUUGCCGUGGUUAAAGUUAAAAUAUGAAAAAUGUGUUUCCUGCAGAUUUGAGCAUUUCUUUGGACUGAACCGAACCUUAAAGGUACCCUGCGUUUCCUUGUAAAUAAACAGUUAUGUUUACAUUCAGUGUGUCUCACAAAAAGGUAUUGUGUGUAUCCUUGAGGUCCAACAGACAUGUGAACAUGAACGUGUCCCUGCCGUCCUGUCUUCCAUCUGCAUUGCUAUGUUUCUUGGGGUUUAAGCGCCAUCAGCCAUUAUGCUUAUUGUAUGGGAGACUGUCCUCUAAAGGAUCACGGCAACAGUUUCAGCCAGUGCCGUAGAACAAUACAUGUUUACCUUAUAGUGACAUAGCCCCUGGUGGCAUGGACAAACAACAUAUUUUGUUGUUUAAUUUAGAGGACUUGAGUAUCUAAUACAUAAACUCUCCGACAACAACAUGCAGGACACUACUACUACUUUAUUUAUUAUAUAAGUAUCAACCUAGUGUACAUGGGGAAAUCUCCUUCAUCGGGAAAUAAUUGGUUAUUCACUCAAGGCACAGAAUAGUUCAUUCCAAUGAAAGUUGUGCACUGUUUGCAUAUAAAUAAUUCAGGCUUACUCUGACUCACUCAUUUUUUGGCCCAUGGUGAAUUCCUGCUGUCUCGCCGAAGCUUUUUUCUUAUUUACUUCUCUUCUUGACGUUUCCAAGUUAAUUGGACCUAGAGGGUCACAUUCUGAUAAUACAGAGAGAGAUUUCUGAGGUUUAUGAGGCUCAUUUAAUUAUAUUAACCAUUUUAUAGCCGCUCAUUUUAUAAUGAAUGUGUAAAGGGAAAAGUCUCUUUGGGACCAGCUGUUCCUGAAGUCACGCAUGCACCAUGCAUUCACACUUCCACCCUCUGCAGUCAACAGGAAAGCAUAAUGUGUCACCAUCAAGUUCAUGAGUGUGUAUAUGAGUGUGUAUAUGAGUGUGUAUAUGCGUCCUCGUGCAAUAUUGUCGAGUAGGAGAUGUUCUAUAAUAUACUUACACACGUUCACUGUUUCUGUGAGUGUAUAUUUUGCAACAUGCUUGAAAAUGAGACGAUACAUGAAUUAAAUUUGAAUUCAAAUUCAGUUUGCAAUUUGAACAUAUAUGCAGAGAUCACAAGGACCUGCACAUCAAAACAACGCUCCACGGCAUCACAGCAUGGUCAGAAAACGCCAUUGUUUCCCUCCAACGUUAACGCAACCUGUGGGGUCUUCAUGCUUAACUGAAUCUUUGAGUUUUUGUAAAAUAAUUUUCUGGCUUGAUAGUAAUAUCACAUUCACAUAGUUAAAGUGAUGGUUCUGGGUAUUUGGCGUGGGGUUGUGUGAGGUUGUGCGUAGUGAUACGGUAGUUCAAACGGUUCACAGCUGUAGUUCUAAAGUGAGAGGCUGUUUGAUGGAGGUAAAGUGGUGAAAAUAUUCAAAAAUAAAACGUACACUUAAACUGAUACUGAUCUUUUUUU